UACCUGCAUGCAAAUGGGAUUGUGCAUCGUGACUUGAAGCCAGAAAAUCUACUCUAUGCAACGCCAGCACCAGAUGCACCACUAAAAAUUGCUGACUUUGGACUUUCCAAGAUUGUUGAAGAUCAGGUGACCAUGAAGACAGUUUGUGGAACACCAGGGUACUGUGCACCAGAGAUACUACGGGGAUGUGCCUAUGGCCCUGAGGUAGACAUGUGGUCUCUGGGGAUUAUCACCUACAUCCUACUUUGUGGUUUUGAACCAUUUUAUGAUGAAAGGGGAGACCAGUACAUGUUUAAGAGAAUCCUGAACUGUGAAUAUGACUUUGUGUCCCCCUGGUGGGAUGAUGUGUCUCUGAAUGCCAAGGAUUUAGUUAAAAAGUUGAUUGUUUUGGACCCUAAGAAACGCCUCACCACUCUACAGGCUUUGCAGCACCCUUGGGUCACAGGAAAGGCAGCAAACUUUGCACAUAUGGACAAUGCACAAAAGAAACUUCAAGAAUUCAAUGCCCGACGUAAACUUAAGGCUGCAGUAAAAGCUGUGGUGGCAUCAACUCGCCUCGGCAGUGCCAGUGGUCACAGUGCGCACGACAGCAACAGGGCCAGCCAUAACCCAUCUCCCAUCCAUGAUGGCAAACCCGAAGAGGAACCCACUCAGGAAGCAGAAGCAGCUCCAGAAGAAAUGUCCUAGGUCAAUGUGCUUCCUUGUUUCACUGAGAUCUGUCAUAUCAUACACCAGUCAGGAGAGAUUUGUAAGCUUGGCCUCUCUGGUUCUGCUUUGGGGUGCCAAAUGCACUGGCUGGUGAUUCUACCUUCAAUGCAUGUGACUGCUUAUCAAAAUAGUAAACUGUUCCAUAAGGCAUGUCAUGGAAACAGUGUUAUUUGCAGUAAUACCGGCAGGUGAAAACAUGGGGAUAAAUAACUACCUAUCAUCAUGCAUAUACUUCAUAUACAUCUAUCCAGUGUUUCUAGAUGGCAUUUGAAACAAAAUACUAUUUAAUUUGGUUUUAAUAAAGUAGGUAUUUUCUGUAUGUCGUGAGUUUCUUUGAACAGCUUCCUUCCAGAUUCUUAGUCCUGCAGUAGAUGAAAUGGAAGGAAAUACCAAGCCAAUGCUUUUAAAACUGAUGUACAAAAUAAUGCUUUUUAUCUGUAAAAUCCAAAAAAAGUAUUUGGGGAUUUAUAUGCAAAAAA